ACUCAUUUAUUAUACCUUCGUUGAGCUGAUUUCGGUAUUAAUUAGCUACGCUUACAUUUUGGCUAAAGUGGUCAAAUCAAAGCUAACGUUAGCUCAAGAACGGCUAAUGUUACCAUGGUAACCGCCUUAUCUAUCGUCGGUGCUGAAGCUAAGGUGUCCCUCCCUCAGGUGGACACAUGAAGUGGAGAUGGACAUAAUUCAUGGGGGUUCAUCUCUGUUUCCACGCAGAUGGGGAACAGACUUGUUGCACAGAUGAUGCCAGCACAGCUGUUAUAGCUUCAGCCUCUGUGGGCCUCUCAGGACGGGGUUAACUCACACCAUGAAGGCACUCUGUGAACUCCCAACCUGUCAGUUCCACUGUACAACACCAUGGCCUCGGGACAGACAAGCUGGAGUGGAGAGGGCUUGGGAAUAGGGAGCGGAAGGUGAUGGGGUCAAAGUGAAUCUUCUCCUCACCGAAGAUGAUUAUGUCUUAACCUGCCGUUAUUCAAAGGACCAGGCCCCCGUGGCCAUGAGCUGGCCUGCCAGCCACGUGCCGGCAAUGAGGGGGCAACACCUCGGCACUGUCACAGAGGAAGAGAGAGGGAGAGGAGACACAAAUUGACCAGCCGGCACUCUCCAUAACGAUAGCUCACGAGGUGUCUCUAUUUUGGUGUGAUUGUUGGCCAUUUACCUCUAAAGGACUGUGGAGUGCCCUCGGAUGCCCUGCAGGCUAGAGAAGCUGGCCCGGGAGACUUCGCCAUGUGCCCUGCUUCCAUCAUAUACGACCAGUCCACUCCCUCAGCAAUGCAAAACUACGAGCUGCGCGGCGAGGCGGGCGAGAGGGUGGAAGCGACCUCGGAGCACCAUGCUGACCCCUUCGACUUUGACUGGCAGCUCAUCGCACUUCCAAAUUCAGACAGCAGCUCACUGCCGCAGCAGUCUAAUUGCCUGGGAGGUUCUCAGCAGGAGUGUGGCAGGCCUCUGGCAUUCCCGUUCCUGGCAAAGCUUUGUGCCAGUGCUGCCGCAGUGCCAGCCCACCCUGCCCUGCAUCCACGCCAGGGGCCUCAUAACCCAGAAGGAUCCCCCAUGAUGGGCACUCCCCACAAGGCCUCUUCGGAAACGGAUGGGAAGCCCCAGGGAAGCAGCAGAAAGGACUGAGAGGGAAAAAAAUCCAGCAGCAGCAGCAUCAGCAGCAGCUUGGCGGUGAGGGCGCAGUGUCAUAUAACAAUUAAAUCAGAUUGUUUUAUGAUAAAUUACAAAUGAUUAUUAUCAGAUGUGGCAUUAAACCUCUAUCAGCGCUGUGACUGCGUUCGGGCUUUUUUUCUUUCCUUUUCUUGUCUUUUUUUUUAAAAAUAAGAUGCUGGAAAAACAAAAGUGUGUGUGAUAUCUGUCACCUGCACUAUAUGUGCGCGCAUGCACGCGCGCGCGUAUGGAUGUGGGGUGCAGAGAGAGAGAGAGAGAGAGAGAGAGAGAGAAGGAGGGAGAGAGAGAGAGAGAGAGCGUAUCUUGGCCUAUCGUAACUAAGUGGGUGGUGAUGAUGAGAUCAUACAACAUUGAAAAUUACCGAGACAAUACAAAUAAAUGACACACGCGGAGGCUUUGAAAUAGAGCAAAUACUUUAGGAUUUGUCACACAUUUACAGCGGUACACACGCGCGCGCACACACAUCACACUGCGCGUAUUUACACGCCUCUCGUCGCGUGGGUGGCUUGCAGAGCCGGAGCAUCGCGCCUUAUAAUCUAUUUAAAAUGAGGAGCGCUAUAAUCAUCAGUGACCUAUUAUAAAGGUGCACGGGUGUGUGGUUUGAAAGUGCGUGUGUGUGUGUGUGUGUGUGGGGGGGGGGGGGGGGCGGCAGCCCUUCAAAAAGAUCUCCGUACUCCCCCACGUGGUUAUUUGCAAAACAACCGAUCUAAACUGAGGGAAACCUAAUCAAACCCCGCUGCUGCCGCCGCUGCACCUUCCUCACAGACAACUGGAGGAAGAAGAAGAGGAAGAAAAAGAAGAAGACAAAUCCAGCAGACAGAGGCUGGAGCGAGUCUGUGCGCAGGUAUACGAACGGCAGCGGAAAGGGCUACUGUUACAAGAAAAGAAAAAAAAAAAGAGAAAAACUCAAAGAGACAUUUAAUAAAUAGAACAUAUGUUUUUUCCAUAACAUAUGUAAGAUCGCGGCUGUGUCCGUCCUGUGCGAAAAAUGCGCUGUGCCAUGCUCUGAAAGCCUGCGCCUAUUGAGCGUGUCCCUAGUGGGCUCGAAUCGGAGAGGAGCCAAUACAAGCGGAAGGGAGGCGUGUCCUCGCUCCUCCACAAGACCUCCCAGAGCAGGUUUGUUGCGUUUUGGCUCUAAAGCCUGGAGACCUCCGAAGUGCUCGUCAGUUUUCGAAGUAGGAGCCAUGGCGACAACAGCUCAGUAUAUUCCGAGGAAUAACUCCUUACCGUCUAACCCGCUCAUGCAUCCGGAUUCGGAUAGGAUGCACCAGGGGACGACCUACAGAGAGGUGCAGAAAAUGAUGCACCACGAGUACUUGCAAGGGCUCGCGGCGACCAACACGGGACACCCGAUGAGCCUGACGCACCACCAGUGGCUGCCCACCUCCAACACCGACUGGUCCAGCGGCACCCACAUCGGACAGCAGGAGCACAAAGCCAGCGUGCAGGCGACGCGGGACGACCUGAGCAGCGGCUUCCACCACAGAUCUCACCUGGUGCACCAGCAGACGCAGAGUGGCCACCAUGGCUCGUGGGCGCCUACCACGACCCACCACCUAUCCCCGCUGUCCCCGGCAUCCAACGGUCACCAGUCGCUGGUCUACUCCCAGCCUGGAUACACAAACCUCAACGCAAUGCUGAGCCCCCAGCCCGGCUCCCUGCACCACGGCAUGCGGGACCCGCUCCACGACGAUUCGGGCAGCCACGACAACCAGAUGGAGUCGCCCCAGCAGGCGUUCAGCCACCACCAGGACCACUCGGACGAGGACGCGCCCAGCUCCGACGACCUGGAGCAGUUCGCCAAGCAGUUCAAGCAGCGGCGGAUCAAACUGGGCUUUACGCAGGCGGACGUGGGCUUGGCCUUGGGCACCCUGUAUGGAAACGUCUUUUCUCAGACCACAAUCUGCAGGUUUGAGGCGCUGCAGCUCAGCUUCAAGAACAUGUGCAAACUUAAGCCGCUCCUAAACAAGUGGCUCGAGGAGACAGACUCAAACACGGGCAGUCCCACCAAUUUGGACAAGAUUGCUGCGCAGGGCAGGAAACGAAAGAAGAGGACCUCCAUCGAAGUGGGGGUGAAAGGGGCGCUGGAGAAUCAUUUCUUAAAAUGCCCAAAGCCGUCCGCUCAUGAAAUCAGCACUUUAGCCGGCACUCUGCAGUUGGAAAAAGAGGUUGUCCGUGUUUGGUUUUGCAACAGAAGACAAAAAGAGAAAAGAAUGACACCAGUGGGGGUCCCUCACCCGAAUAUGGAGGACGUAUAUUCCCAAGCAGAGACCCCUCCUCUACACCGCACACUACAGAGUCCUGUGCAGUGACUGUUUUCAUGAACAAUCCCAGCAUUUCCGCGGGUGGGAUAGAAAAAAAGGGAAGAGGAAAAAAAAAGGGGACUAUGGAGUUUACAGUAUUUAAGUUUGGCUUUUGUUUUGUUUUAUUCCCGAGAAAGAGAGAGAGAGAGAGA